CCACCACCACCACCACCACCACCACCACCACUGCACCGCCGCGACAAGAUUUGCAGCUCGCAACUUUACCCAAACACCACCACCACCAACAACAGCAGCAAUAGCAGCAGCACAUCAUGUCGGCUGCUCGCACCUUUUUUGUGGGAGGAAAUUACAAGAUGAACGGUACGCUGGACAGCACCAAGAAGCUCAUCGACAUUCUCAAGAGCGCUCAACUCGAUCCCAAGGCUGAGGUCGUUGUUGCGCCUCCCGCGCUUCACCUCCUGCUGACCAAGGAGCUGCUGAGCGGAUCCAAGAUUGGCGUGUCUGCUCAAAACGCCUACCACAAGGCAUCCGGAGCGUUCACAGGCGAAAUCUCCGUCACGCAGCUCAAGGAUGCUGGUAUCCCUUGGGUCAUCUUGGGUCACUCUGAGCGCAGAACACUGUUCGGGGAGAAGGACGAUGAUGUGGCUGAAAAGACCAAAGCUGGAUUGGAACAGGGUCUCAGCGUCAUCCUCUGCGUAGGCGAGACUUUGGCCGAGAGGGAAAAGAAUGAGAGCAUAAACGUCGUUGUGCGUCAGCUCGAUGCUGUUGCCAAGCAGAUUAGCGAUUGGAGCAAGAUCGUCGUGGCCUACGAGCCCGUUUGGGCCAUCGGAACGGGCAAGGUAGCGACGGCAGAGCAGGCUCAAGAGGUUCACGCUGCCAUUCGCAAGUGGGCCAACGAUAAGCUGGGCUCUCAAGCUGGAGAGGCUCUGCGCAUCAUCUACGGCGGAUCCGUAGCCGCCAAGAACUGCAAGGAGCUGGCUUCUCAGCCCGACAUUUCCGGUUUCCUCGUUGGAGGCGCUUCCCUCAAGCCCGAAUUUGUGGACAUUGUCAACGCUCGUCUUAUCAAACGACGCUCACUCGAGACAGCUGUGUAG